UCAUGCUGCUGCCAGGUCCAGAGUCUCUCAUGGGUCCCUGUACGGCUCCCAUUGCUGCUGUCUCCAUCGCCACACUCUGCCAUGUGCCACUUUCAGGUCUCCUCACACUGCUGGUGUGUUCCAUUUUUUGUCAUAGGGUGCUGGCAGAUUACGGGCCUCCCAUAGCUGCUGCCAGGCCCCUAAUCUGCCAUGGGCCCCUGUACCCGCCUCCUCAUGCUGCUGCCAGGUCCAGAGUCUCUCAUGGGUCCCUGUACGGCCUCCCAUUGCUGCUGUCUCCAUCGCCACACACUCUGCCAUGUGCCACUUUCAGGUCUCCUCACACACUGCUGGUGUGUUCCAUUUUUUGU